AGGAACGGCCAUCCUUUCUCUGGCAUUAGAUAACACUCUCCUCCCCUCCCUCCGUUUCCCAUUUGCGAAACCCUCUGUCUCUACACGCACACUCUCUCUCUACUCUCAAGUUAGUAUCUUCCAUGGCGAUUACGGCCUCAGCUCCGUCCAAAUUGGUGUACCCGCCCUCCUCCUCGGCCGCCGCCGCACUGUCUAAGCCCUCCACCGCCGCCACAUCCGCUGUUUUCCGCGCCAAGCUGAACCCCGCCCACACGCACCUCUCCUCCUCCUUCCUUAACCCCUUCACCGUCACCACCACCAGGAGCAAUGUCACGGUCAGCACCUCCCGAGGCCGUGCCCUAACCGUUCGUGCUGCGCGCGGGAAGUUCGAGAGGAAGAAGCCGCACGUCAACAUCGGCACCAUUGGACACGUCGACCAUGGGAAGACCACCCUCACGGCGGCGCUCACCAUGGCCCUGGCCUCCAUGGGAAACAGCGCCCCUAAGAAGUACGAUGAAAUCGACGCUGCUCCUGAAGAGCGCGCUAGAGGUAUUACAAUCAAUACUGCCACUGUUGAGUAUGAGACUGAGAAUCGUCACUAUGCCCACGUGGACUGCCCGGGUCACGCUGACUAUGUGAAGAACAUGAUCACUGGAGCUGCCCAAAUGGAUGGUGCCAUUCUUGUUGUUUCGGGUGCAGACGGCCCUAUGCCCCAGACGAAGGAGCACAUACUGUUGGCUAAGCAAGUCGGUGUUCCCAACAUGGUCGUUUUCCUCAACAAACAGGACCAAGUUGAUGACGAGGAGCUUCUGCAGCUUGUAGAAUUGGAGGUCAGGGAGUUGCUUUCCUCGUAUGAAUUUCCUGGUGAUGAUGUUCCCAUUAUUUCGGGUUCUGCUCUUUUAGCUUUGGAGGCUUUGAUGGGUAAUCCCAACAUCAAACGCGGGGAGAACCAGUGGGUAGACAAGAUUUACGAACUCAUGGAUGCUGUUGACAGUUACAUUCCCAUUCCACAAAGACAAACUGACCUUCCGUUCUUGCUCGCCAUUGAAGAUGUGUUCUCUAUUACUGGUCGUGGUACUGUGGCCACGGGCCGUGUGGAGAGGGGUACAAUUAAAGUUGGAGAUACCGUGGACAUUGUGGGUUUGAAAGAAACUAGAAGCACAACUGUCACCGGAGUGGAAAUGUUCCAAAAAAUUCUUGAUGAUGCGAUGGCCGGGGAUAAUGUGGGGCUUUUGCUUAGAGGUAUUCAAAAGGCCGAUAUUCAAAGAGGGAUGGUUUUGGCAAAGCCUGGAACAAUUACUCCACACACUAAAUUCGUUGCUAUUGUGUAUGUACUGAAGAAGGAAGAGGGAGGUAGGCAUUCCCCGUUCUUUGCUGGGUAUCGUCCCCAGUUUUACAUGAGAACUACUGAUGUCACUGGGAGAGUGGCUUCAAUCAUGAAUGAUAAGGAUGAGGAGUCCAAGAUGGUUAUGCCCGGUGAUCGUGUUAAGAUGGUGGUUGAGCUCAUUAUGCCCGUGGCUUGUGAGCAGGGAAUGAGGUUUGCUAUCCGGGAAGGAGGGAAGACUGUGGGAGCUGGUGUUAUUCAAUCCAUAAUUGAGUGAUAUGAUGAAGGGAUUUGGCCUCUGCUGCAGUUAUUCAGUGGUUUUGACCAUUGUAUCCUCAACUUCAUGCUGUCAGUUUCCCAAGCUUUGGCAAUCCUGCUGAGAUUUAAUGUCAAAUAGCGCGCAAUUUUUCCCUUUCCAUCUGGUUGGUGAUGAUCAGUAGUGUAGUUGGACUAUAUUUCUAAUAUUUUACCUCAAGUGUUUUAUCUUUUUCUUUAGUCAUUCAGCUGCCUCUAUC